AUGGCGAACGACAAGGAAGCGGUUGCUGUAAAGCACCUCAAGCUCAACCAAGCAACGUCUUCCAACAACGACACGCGAGAUUUCGAACGACGGCUGCGCUCCGUUAUUCUCGAGCUGCAGAUCAUGCAUCAUCCCCCAUUGCGCAACCAUCCCAACGUCCUAAAGCUCAUAGGCUACGGUUGGAAUACGCAACGCAAUCAGAUUCUUCCGUACAUAGUGGUCGAGCACAGCCCUUUCGGUACACUUCGCAUGUAUCUGCAUGACCAGAAGGCACUACCACUCAGUUCCAAGGAGAUUUUCAUCGGUGAUGUUGCGGCUGGCUUGCACGCACUUCAUCUCUCCGGCAUUGUCCACGGCGAUGUGAAGCUCGAGAACGUAUUAGUGUUUCCCUCCCUCGAACGUCCGGCCGCUGCCAUUGCAAAACUCUGUGAUUUCGGUCACUCCCUGAUUCUGAAAAGCUGUGAGAAUGCUUCGGUAAAGCUCUCGGGGGAUACACUACAGCGAGCAAUUGUCAUGGGUGUUCUCAAUCUUACACUUCAGGAUGAUCCGGAUGCUCGCUUCUCAGAUCUUACCAAGCUCCCUAUUGUGGCGAGGUGGCACUCCUGUCCUCAAAUUGCGCUCGAAGCGACUCUUGCCCUUCAUUCCGGCUCUUCCGAUUGGAAUUUCAAUACAUUCCGCAUGGACCAAGGACGCGAAAUACUUUGGCACCACCAGCAGCACAUGUUCCAAGAUUUCGAACGUUGCCAGCGCGCUUCAACCAAGGACGUUGAAAUGGGAGCAAAGUCGGCAUGGCAGAUGGCCAUCUGCUACACUAUCGGCUUCGGCGUCGAUAAAGAUUCCAUUGAUGCUAUGCGCUGGACUGAAACUGCCGCGUCGUGUGGUCAGCGGUCAGCCAAGUUCAUGGCCGGCAUUCCCCAGAAGCGGACCUCAAUUCUGCGUGAGAAGUUUCGGGCAAAUUACUUAACCUUCAUCAGGCAGAGCCUGCGGCAAAGCUUAGAGAAGGGACGAGACUUUCCGAGCGAUCAGGACCAAGCCUACCGGCUGUUCGAGGCGUGCUGUCUAGGGGAAUCUUCCUAUGUGAAAAGUGUGUUGUUGAAGGAUUGGAAGAAAAAUAUGAAGCCAUUCAGGUGGCCGGCGGACGAAGGCACAUGGCUCCAUUGGUUGUUUAUGUUGGACUCAGAGACUCAAGAUGCCAUCGCACAAGAUGUCCUAUAUCCGGAUCCUUCUACGACUUUUUCUCUAUCGCCCAUCCUGAAACCCCGUCGUUCAUCGUCUCCCACUCCCUCUAUUCUUCCAAAUUCAUAUCUCUUCUCGUUCUCAAUGAAUGAUGGCGAGAGCGGAGAAGUCGUGUUUGCAGACAAUGAUAUGCACGAGGAGGAGGAUGAUGAAGAAGAAGAAGAAGAAGAAGAAGAAGAAGAAGAAGAAGAAGAAGAAGGGGAUACACUUGACAGAGACCGCCGUACGGAGUGCUCCCCAGAACGAUCGGAAGGCGACGAUGACUUCAAGCACAUCGGAGACUCGCCUGAAAUACCCACACGCUCGUGCUUGCAGGAACUCCGCUUGCAAUUGCAGUGA